UUUAAAAACAUCUCACAAUCAACCAACACUCGGCGCUUUUCUGCUGUCCAGGACGUGGCCCAACGUAACGAUCUGCGUCACCUGGACAUCUGCUCGGUCGAUCCACCGGGUUGUACCGAUAUCGACGACGCCCUGCACUGCCGCGACCUGCCGAACGGCAAUCUCGAGGUCGGCGUGCACAUCGCGGAUGUGUCGCACUUCAUACGACCCGGUACUGCCCUCGACAAGGAGGCCGCCCUGCGCGCCACUACCGUCUAUCUGGUGGACAAGCGCAUCGACAUGGUACCUGAGCUGCUGAGUUCGAACCUGUGCUCGUUGAGAGGCGAGGAGGAGCGGUUCGCGUUCUCGUGCGUCUGGGAGAUUGACCACGAGGCCAACAUCGUCAAGACGGAUUACUUCAAGUCGAUCAUACGGUCUCGCGCGGCUAUGACUUACGAGCAGGCGCAGUUGAAAAUCGACGACAAGACGCAGAACGACGCGCUCGCCCAGAGUUUGAGGAAUCUCAAUAUGUUGGCGAAGAAGUUGAAGAAACGACGACUGGAGAACGGAGCUCUGUUGCUGGCUUCGCCGGAGAUCCGGUUCCAAGUGGACAGCGAGACGCACGACCCGAUCGACGUCGAGGCCAAGAAAAUACGCGAGACCAACUCGAUGGUCGAGGAGUUCAUGUUGCUGGCCAACAUAUCCGUGGCCAAGAAGAUACUGGAAGAGUUCCCGGAGUGCGCCAUGCUGCGCAGACAUCCGGAACCACCACAGGCGAACUUUGAUCCUCUCAUCAAAGCGGGCCGUCAUCAGGGCUUUGAGAUCGAUACGAGCUGCGGCAAGGAGCUCGCCAAGUCUCUCGAGGCUGCUCACAAGGAGGAUAAUCCGUACUUUAACACGAUGCUGAAGAUCUUGGCCACCAGGUGCAUGAUGCAGGCCGUGUACUUUACCAGCGGUAUGGUGCAAGAGGCCGAGUUCUUCCAUUACGGACUUGCGUGCCCGAUUUACACACAUUUCACUUCGCCCAUAAGAAG